ACUCAACGCGUUCGUUUGAGAGUACGCGACGUUGAGAAGUAUGGAUUUUCAUUUUAGUACUUCAGGGUACAGAGGGAAGAGGUCAGUCCUCGAAACUGUUAGUAACCCCUCUUUGUAGAAUGGGGCUCUUACAAGGGGUCCUGGUCUUCAUCAAAAUACUGAAAGUGAUAUCAUUUUAUGCCACAUAUGAUUUACUAAGAAAUUCAAAUCCCUUAAAUCUUCUGAUCUGUUUGAAAUUUGUGUAAGUUUGUGGGCUCUUCAGUUUAGAUUUUUAGUGCCGCUGCUGUUUUGUUGCCAGUGCAAAAACCACUUUCCGGACCUAGAAUAAAGUUCUCAGAAUGGGUUCAUAUUGCAAAAUACUCUUUUAUGCGUGUAUUGAUUGAUGCACUAUGGAUAGAAGGUCUUAUUUUGUGUGGCCCUUUCAGGUUUAUUUUGUUGUUCGAGCACAGUGAGUUACUUGUCCUUGCUGCAGCUAGUACAGUUUUCUUCGGUUCGCAAUGCACAAAGAAGACUAGGGGAUCGGUAUUUUUUGUUAUAGGUGUAGUAUGUGUGGCGUUCUUUGACCAUGACUAUACACAUAGGGAGUUGGAGCAUCCUGAAGGAUUACAUAAAAGUUUUCUUAUCCACCAUUUAUACGAGAUGUUUGUAAACUUUGGCCUUUCGGAUCACAAGGUUGGAGUUGUUGUACUAAUUAGUGCAGUUUGCAUGGAUGCUGGUUUAGCUGCAAUUUCAAGAACCUUAGUUACGUGUGUUGGAGGUGCAAAACGCCUGCAUAGCCUUUCUGCGUUGAUAAGCUUCAUCAUCCUAAUUCCACUAUAUCUGCUUACUCAUUUUUACUUCGGCGAUUCUCUUUCCACUAAGGAACCAUCAGAUUUAUUGAAGAUGGUAGAAAGUGUUGAUAAUCUUGUUCCUACGAAUGGUGGUUCUCAAAUUGCUUCUCAAGCAGAAUGGAUAUUUUGGAUGGUUUGUACAAGUGUUAUCCAUGUGCUCGACUUCUACAUGACUAGCUUGGUUAGCAGCCGUCUCGGAGCACAUUCUGUGACUCGCUUAGCUAAAAUGGUCGUUGUGUUAAGCGGGUUGAUAUUCAGUCUUUUCUGGGUAUCGCCGGAAGCACUGGGGAUAAUGGCUACAAAUAAUGGUAUUCGUGCACAUAGCUUUCUACUUCAACAUCAAAUGUCUGUCGGAGUAAUCAUCGCAGUGGUUUGCAUUUUGUAUGCUUCAGACCUUUUAACUACGACUAAAUCUGGUUAUGGUCCAGAUGGUAAUUCAAGCGGCCAUUUUAUUGGUUAUUCAAUGGCUGGUCUACCCUUGUUUACUGCUGGACAAACGCCCACACAUGGUUCUGCUUUGUUGGCGAAUCAAGAAGAAAUUGGAUUGUGGUAUCAUUUACGGGCUACCUUUCAUGGAAUUUUAAAUGGACAAGCUUCACGUCGUAUUUUUGCUUUCCUGUGUUUGAAUUUGGCUUUUACAUUUGUGGAACUCUUCUAUGGAGUGUGGACUAACAGUUUAGGUUUGAUUUCUGAUGGCUUUCAUAUGUUGUUCGACUCAGCAGCGCUUGUAGUAGGAUUAUAUGCUGCAGUUGUAUCACACUGGAAACCGACUCGUAUAUUUUCUUAUGGAUACAACAGUGCCGAAAUUCUUUCUGGAUUCGUUAAUGCAUUAUUCUUGUUAGUAAUAUCUGCUUCAGUGUUUGUUAAUGCAGUUGUACGAAUUCACCGACCUCCAGAUAUUAAAACAGACAAAUUAUUGGCAGUGUCUGUCUUAGGUUUACUCGUUAAUAUUGUUGGUGUCAUUGCUUUGGGCCAUGCCCAUAGUCAUGGAGGUGGAUCUCAUUGUCACAGUCAUGGAGGUGGUUCUCAUGGUCAUAGUCAUGAAGGCGGUUCUCAUAGUCAUAGUCAUAGUCAUCAUCAUGAAAGUGAACACAAUCAUAGUUGCAAUCACAGUCAUGAUGCUAAUAGAUCUCAUUCUCAUCAUUCUGAUCGUGAGCGCCUUAUUGACUCUAUUGACGAAAAAGUUCAUUACAGUCAAAACAAGUGUGGGUCGCACAAGUCACACAAAGUAGAUACGGACGAUGCUAAUUUGAGGGGCGUGUACUUACACGUGCUUGCAGAUACUUUGGGUAGUGUGAGUGUAAUAUUCAGCUCAUUUCUAGUAUCCACUUAUGGUUGGAAUAUAGCUGAUCCAAUUUGUUCAAUGUUUAUUGCAUGUGUCAUUGGCUAUUCAGCUAUGCCUUUACUAAAUGACACCCUUGGUUUGCUUACAUUAAAAGUGCCUGAUGAUUUUCAAUCUCAGUUAAUAGUUAAGAAAAUAUUACAAGUGGGUGAGGUGAUUUCUGUUUCCAACCCAUUUAUUUGGAAUCAUACACAUAAAUCUAUUUGUGUUUGUGUUACAGUCCGAAUCCAUCCUAGUGCUUCAGAGCAGAUUUAUUACGAAAGAUCAAGGAUAUCAUUGGAAACCACUUUUCAUCGGUUUCUCAUUUAACCAUACAAAUCGAAAAAGAAGAUUUUGAAUAUCAUACUCAGAUCAUGGGUUUACACUUACCCGUCAUUGGACACUAUCCUAAAUCAUUUAUCAAGACGACUUUAAUGCUGAACGGAAUGACUCCUCAUGACACCAGUAACAGUGAUAAACACACUCAGUUAUGCAACCAAGCGAAUUUAUCUGUUAAAGAUGUUUAAUUUGUGCAGUACAAUAUGCUAUAUCUUCCCCUAUGAUUAACAUCGUGACCCGUUUGUCUGGUUUUUUACUCGUCGGUACUAUUAACCUAAGUAACUUUUUUUUCCAUACUAUCUAUUGCUUAAAGCAGUUUCUUCGUCUUUCUCUCUUUUUCGCUACUGUAAAUAACUGUUUUUUUCGUGUGCCUUCUCAAAGAUUAAUGACUUACAUGCUUGUAUUUAUCCAUCGUGCUUGGUUUUCCUUCUGUUGAUCAAUUUUUAUGUUGAUAGGUUCUGAGUUGUUUACCUUUUUUGGCAAAUUAGUUAGUCAUACGCAUAUUGUAGUCAUAUUAAUUAUCAUAAUUAUUUCAAACAAUCCUGUUUUUCUGCUUUUAUUUACUCAUGUCUUCGAUCUCUCUUUGACUAAUUCUCAUAUAGAUUUGGUUUUUUUAUAUUUCCAGUCAAUAGUUCGUGUUUCUGGUUCUAUUCUAUUGUUGUUAAUGAUGAGGAUUUCAUUUUUAUAUGUUGUCAUGUAUCUCAAUGUAGAUUAAAAAUAAUGGUGUUGAUGUUCCAGCUGAUACAUUUUUUGGGACUUUCAUUGCCUUCAUUAGGUGUUUACCAGUUAUGUCUUUCAUCAAGCCGAAGAAAACGUUAGCAGUUUGUUUAACCUGUAUAUAUUUGUUUACUUGCUAUUACGUGGCGAAUAAUUGGUUUUAAUCUUAGUGGUUACUGUGAUUACUUUUAAGAGAACUUGGUUAGUACGCGUGUUGUAUUCAGGUAACAUGAUUCAUUUUGAUAGGAAAUUAGGCUUUUUAAUCGAAUCAACUCUCUUUACUUUUGUUAAGUGUCUUUAAAUAUUUUAUCCAGUAUCUAACACUUUAAAACUUCUCGGAGAGUUACAAGAAAUUUAUGCUCUUUUCUUUAUCUAUUUGGAUACAACUUAGGUGAUGCGCCAAAAUCUCACCUUUGUUUCAUCUUCAGUUUUAUCAGUCUAGUUCUUACUUUCGAGUUAAUUUGUUUCUAAUUUGUAAAUGAAGAUAUUUGAAAGUGUUUUGUUUGGAAUAAAUUUUUACAUUGAAUC